AUGCAAAUAAAGACAUUUGUAUUAUUCACAAAACAAAAUGAAUGUGUUUAUCUUGUUGCAGUUGUUGCAAGUCUACUCAUACUUGGGUUGUCUGGGGCAACGAAGAAGGAAGCAUUGAAGAACAAUUCGGGAGUGAAGCCUGCAGGUCAAUGUGGCACCUGGGUGAAGGAAGGAGAUGGGGGAUUGUUCACUUCUCCCAACUACCCCAGCAAAUACCCCCCAGGAAUAGAGUGUGUUUACAUCAUUGAAGCUCCUCCCAGGCUGUGCAUUCAUCUGUUCUUUAAUGAGAGGUAUUCUAUCGAGCCUUCAUGGGAAUGUAAAUUUGACAACAUUGAGGUGCGGGACGGCCCCUUUGGCUUCUCCCCAGUAAUCGGACGCUACUGUGGCCAGACCAUCCCUCCAUUCAUCAGGAGCAGCGGACGGUACCUCUGGGUAAAAUUUGUUUCCGAUGGCGAACUGGAGGCGAUUGGAUUUUCGGUGAAUUACAACUUCACGGCAGAUCCGGAUUUUGGAGACCUUGGCGGACCCCAGCCUCUGCCCUUCUGUGAGUUUGACAUGGGAGGACCAGAGGGGAUAGUGGAGUCCAAUCAGAUCACCAGAGAUGGAAAAGCGUUAGCUACAGAGGCUGUGGACUGCAAAUGGUUCAUCCGCGCUCCUCCACGCUCCAAGAUCUACCUGCGUUUCCUGGACUAUGAGAUGCAGAACAGUAAUGAGUGUAAGCGUAACUUUGUGGCGGUGUACGACGGCAGUGCGUCCGUGGAGGACCUGAAGAACAAGUUCUGCUCUACGGUGGCCAACGACGUGAUGCUGGUGUCCACCACGGGGGUGAUCAGGAUGUGGGCCGACCAGGGCAGCAGAAGGAGCCACUUCAGGAUACUCUUCACCACCUUCCAAGAACCUCCAUGCGACCCGGGUGCCUUCUUCUGUCACAGUAACAUGUGUAUCAACAACAGCCUGGUGUGUAAUGGUAUUCAGAACUGUGUCUACCCCUGGGACGAGAACCACUGCAAAGAGAAGAGGAAAGCUAACAUCCUGGACAACCUGAACAACACCAACGGCACCAUCAUCGGCGUCACCUGCUGCAUCGUCCUCAUCCUCCUCAUCGUGUCGGUCAUCGUUCAGAUCAAACAACCCAGGAAGAAGUACAUCCUCCGGCGCGAGGACUUUGACCCCACGAUGUUCCAGGAGGUCUUCGAGCCGCAGCAUUAUGGUCUCUGCACGUUACGCAGCACCACGCAUGCCACCGACGCUUCGACGGAUCUAGCAGAGGACUUGGAGAACUACCACGCGCUGCACCGCUCGUCCUCGCGCUGCGUCCAUGACCAUCAUUGUGGAUCCGCCUCCAACCCGGGUUCUGCCCACCUGUCCCAGCUGUCACUCAGUGGGCGGGGAAGCCGCGGGAACCUGAGCUCACGCGAGGCCGCAGCCCUCCUCACGGACCUUCCACCGCAGUCGGUACGGCCGCUGCUGCCCAGCGUUGCCACGGGGAACCGGCGCAGCAUCCUAGUGAUGAAGCACAGCUACUCGCAGGAAGCGGCCGACAAUGGGUGUGACCUCGACGACGACCUGGAAGAGGUUCCCACAACGAGCCACCGACUGUCGCGUCACGAGAAGGCAGUCCAGCGGUUCUGCCUCAUUGGCUCUUUGAGCAAACACGAAUCAGAAUACAACACGACUAGGGUCUAAGACAAUCUCAAGAUACUUCAGAAAGCUACAUCAUUCUUCUGCAUCUUGCCAAGUUUGACAAUUUAUGGAAGCAACAUUAAUGUCCCUCAUGAGAACUGUUGCAUUGAGCGACAAAAACUAUUUCGAGUGUUGUGAUAAGGAAAGAAAAAGGUUUUUUUUGUGUGUAUGUGUUGGCUUGUUUUGAUGACAGCGGUGAUAUGCCCUGUUGGUAUUCAUCAAAUAGCUGAGAUUGUAAAACCAGAGACACGUAACUGAUCCUUUCAGAUACUGGACUGAAACUUUAAAAAGAUACAUAAAUACCAUAAAUGUACAUUGUUCAUGGGACUGAACCUGAACCUGUUCUUUUUAACUUUUUAUUUUAUUUGUAUUUAACAUCAAACAUGUGAGGACGGCAUUUUGGUACUGAAAUCCCAUCUGCAAAUCCACUGCGUCGCUGUUAUGUUUCCUACACUCUAUUAGGGCUCAAGUUCUUUCCCCGGACGAAGUUUCAAACCCCAGAGAAUGUUGUGAUGUCAUAAGGGUAUAAACUGUAUAGUGUUCCAAGCCACUGGACAGGAACGGUCUCCAUGUUGGUGCUUUCUGAGGACUGAAAUGGGACAUUGGGAUGUAUCGGUAAUUUAUAUGGCAGCCACAGGUCUCAUCAGGAAGUAAUGAAAUUGGUUUUGAGAAUUCCCAGUCAGAUUUCCUACUAGGAACCCAAACAUUGGUAAUGGUUGUAUUUGUGGCUUGUCUAUGCACACUAGACUACAGUAAGAAAAAUGGGCUCAAUUGUUAGGCUACUACAGAAUCCCUUGAUUGCCCAAUAGCCUUAGUCCUUCUUUGCAUUAGCAUCAAUAUUUUAUUUCCUGUCUUUCAAAAUAUGUCUGAGACCCCUCUGUUUGCUGAGAUCUCUACUUUGUUUGGUAACAAAUUAAAGAAAUGCUGGGCAGAAUGUUUUCAAUAAACUGAUACUAAAUCUUA